AUGGCUUCUUCAACAGCGGAUGCCACCAAUGACAAACUCGCCAAUGUUCAAAUCAAUGAACUCUCCAUCUCUGCUUCUCCGAAUCUCCAGAAAAACCUUUCAAUUUUCUCUCCGGACCAGGCGGAGCUUGCAAAGAUGUUGCUGGUAAGGGGACAGAGUCACUUGUUUGAGGAUUGGCCGGACGCUGGUGUUGAUGAUGAUGAGAAGAAAGCUUUACUUGACCAGGUUGCUCUUCUUAAUUCAAGUUAUCCUGGGGGUUUAGCAUCAUAUAUCAAGACUGCCAGAGAACUCUUGGCAGAUUCCAAGGCAGGAAAGAAUCCAUUUGAUGGGUUCAUACCUUCUGUCCCUUCAGGUGAAGUUCUGACCUUUGGUGACGAUAACUUCAUCAAAUAUGAGGAGGCUGGUGUCAGGCAAGUACAAAAUGCUGCAUUUGUUCUUGUCGCAGGAGGGCUUGGGGAACGUCUUGGAUACAAUGGAAUUAAGGUAGCACUUCCUAUGGAGACAACUACAGGAACUUGUUUCUUACAACACUACAUCGAGUCCAUAUUAUGCUUAUCUGAAGCUAGCUGUAGACAGGCCCAAGGUCAAUGCCAAAGAGACGUACCUUUUGUGAUAAUGACUUCAGAUGACACCCAUGCACGCACAUUGCAACUCUUAGAAUCAAAUGCUUAUUUUGGGAUGAAAUCUACACAAGUAAAACUUUUAAAACAGGAAAAGGUUGCUUGCUUGGCUGAUAAUGAUGCUAGGCUUGCUAUAGAUCCAAAAAAUAAAUACAGAAUACAGACAAAACCUCAUGGUCACGGCGAUGUUCAUUCACUUCUUUAUUCAAGUGGCCUUCUUAGAGAAUGGAAAGAUGCUGGUCUGAGAUGGGUGGUGUUUUUCCAAGAUACGAAUGGACUUCUAUUCAAGGCAAUUCCUGCAGCAUUAGGAGUUAGUGCCACUAAAGAGUACCAUGUUAAUUCUCUUUCUGUUCCUCGCAAAGCCAAAGAAGCUAUUGGAGGCAUUACAAGGCUUACUCAUGCAGAUGGAAGAGAAAUGGUGAUUAAUGUGGAAUACAACCAAUUGGAUCCUCUGCUUAGAGCAACUGGUCAUCCUGAUGGUGAUGCCAAUUGUGAAACUGGCUAUUCUCCAUACCCCGGAAACAUAAACCAAUUAAUUCUUGAGGUUGGCCCUUACAUUGACGAGCUCUCAAAAACUGGUGGUGCUAUAAAGGAGUUUGUUAACCCCAAAUACAAGGAUUCAACAAAAACUGCAUUCAAGUCCUCUACUAGGUUAGAAUGUAUGAUGCAGGAUUAUCCUAAAACAUUGCCUCCAUCAGCAAGGGUUGGAUUUACAGUGACAGAUCCAUGGCUUGCAUAUGCACCUGUGAAGAACAAUCCUGACGAUGCUUCAAAGGUACCCAAGGGAAAUCCAUACCACAGCGCCACUUCUGGAGAAACAUCAAUUUAUCGAUCUAAUAGCAUGAUUCUAAGAAAGGCUGGUGUGAAGGUAGAUGAUCCAGUUUCACAGGUAUUCAAUGGUCAAGAAGUGGAGGUUUGGUCUCGUGUUGUGUGGAAACCAAAGUGGGCUGUUACAUUCGCCGAUGUUAAAAGAAAAGUGAGUGGAAGCAGCUCUAUUUCUCAGAAAUCUACCUUGGUCGUCAAGGGUCGUAACAUUCUUAUUGAAGAUCUCUCACUGGAUGGAACCCUUGUUAUUGAUUCAGUUGAUGACGCAGAGGUGAAAGUGGGAGGUUCUGUGCAAAAUAAUGGCUGGAAAAUAGAAAGUGUUGACAAAGACGAUACUGCAUUGCCUGAGGAAGUGAGGAUCAGGGGUUUCAAAAUAAACAAGGUGGAGCAGUUGGAAAAAUCUUACAAUGAGCCCGGGAAGCACUCCUUGAAGCCAUGAGGUUGAACCUUCU